AUGAAGGGACAUCUCUCCACUCUGGUGCUGUGGCUUCUUCUCCUCAUAAUUCAGGACAUCACAGGUGCUGAUGAGCUGAGGCUGACGGAUGGAGGCAGCCCCUGUGCUGGGAGAGUGGAGGUUAAACACCAGGAUCAGUGGGGGACGGUGUGUGAUAACGAAUGGGACAUGGAAGAUGCUGAGGUGGUUUGUAAGCAGCUGAGAUGUGGAUCUGCUGUCAGUGCCCCUGCCAGGGCUCAUUUUGGAGAAGGAUCUGGACCGACUUGGCUGUAUCUAGUUGAUUGUGGUGGUGAUGAGCCAGCUCUCUGGGACUGCAGACAUAGAGGAUGGGGUGCAGCACAGUGCCCUCAUUCUUAUGACACUGGAGUGAUCUGCUCAGGUAAGAACUCAGCCAACCUGUCACGUGGCCUCAAUGCCUCCAAGACAGAGUCUCUGUGCUCCAGCACGCCUGUUUCACACCGCGAGCUCUGCCCAGACAUCCGCAUCUGCCACGUCCUGCUAACCUCAUCCCAGCCUAGCCCACCAAGUAAGUGGAACCACCAAGCACCUGUUGACCUCACCACCUGCCCCACCACAGGGCCUCAGAACUCGACCAGGAGUGGGCACAUUAAGCCCCGGCUGGUUGGAGGGCAUAGUGCCUGUUCGGGACGUGUGGAAAUAAGAGAUGGAGAAACAUGGACCACAGUCUGUGAUGCCCACUUUGAUCUCAAAGCUGCCAGCGUUAUCUGUAAUGAACUACAAUGUGGAACAGCUCUGUCUAUCCUAGGAGGAGCUCACUUUGGAGAAGGACAUGGACCAAUCUGGACUGAAGAGUUCCAGUGCGUGGGGAACGAGUCCCACCAUGCGUACUGUCCCAGGAUAUUGAACAUCAGUCAGACGUGCUCACACACAAAUGAUGCUGGAGCCAUAUGCUCAGGGCACACAGGGCUCCGGCUGGUGAACGGCAGCACAGCGUGCUCAGGGAGGGUGGAGAUCCAGAUUCAUGGUGCCUGGGGAACCCUCUGUGACUCACGCUUGGAUUUACCAGAUGCCAAUGUUCUCUGUCGUCAGCUCGACUGUGGAUUCGCUGUAUCAGCCCCAGGUGGAGGGUAUUUUGGGAGGGGAACUGUCUCUGUCCGAACUGACACAUUUCACUGUAAAGGAACUGAACCUCAUUUGGGGUAUUGCCGUUUUACUGCCCUGGGGGCCUCUCAGUGCUCCCAUGACAAUGAUGCCAGUGUGGUUUGCUCAGGAAAUGAGACUCAUCUGGCUCUCUGUGACAACUCCACGUCUGAGACAACCCAGGCAGGAAUUGCUGAGGACGUCGGUGUCGUUUGUUCAGGGAGCAGACAGAUCAGACUGGUGAAUGGGACAGGUCGCUGUGCCGGGAGAGUGGAGAUUUAUUACCAUGGCAGCUGGGGGACAGUCUGUGAUGAUUCCUGGGAUCUAUCAGACUCCAGUGUCAUUUGCAAACAACUGGGAUGUGGACAUGCCAUCAAUGCAACUGUCUCUGCUCAUUAUGGGCAAGGAUCCGGGCAGAUCUGGCUGGAUGAUGUGAACUGCUCUGGAAAUGAAUCCGAUCUCUGGGCAUGUCCUUCCAGGGGCUGGGGCCAGCACAACUGCAGACACAAAGAGGAUGCCGGAGUUCUCUGCUCAGAAUUCACAGAUCUAAGGCUGGUGAGCAACAGUGACUGUGCUGGGCGGCUGGAGGUUUUCUACAAUGGGAUGUGGGGCAGUGUUUGCUCCAAUCAGAUGUCUGGAGUCACCGCAGCAAUUGUCUGCAAACAGCUGAACUGUGGGGAUGGAGGGCAGAUUGCAAGAGACUUUGAAUACGGAGCAGGUUCUGGUCCCACGUGGCUGGACCACGUUGCAUGCAGUGAGCAGCACGGCUCCCUCUGGCAGUGCCCGUCAGAGCCCUGGGAUCCAACGUCAUGUGAUAACCGAGCAGAAGAGACCCAUAUUUCUUGUGCUGGUCUGACAGAGGUGACAGAUUCUCCAAAUACCCCAGCUCCCCCGCGACGCCCUCCGACUGACAGUGGGAGAGUCACGGUGCCUGUGAUCAUCUGCAUUAUCCUGGGGGCCCUGCUCUGCCUGGUCUUAAUCAUCCUGGGGGCUCAGGUACAAAGUGCCAAGGCACAGCGCAGAGGCUCCAGAAGACCCUUGGAUCCUUCUCUGAGGCCGUGUAUGAGGAGAUUGUUAACCUUGAUGAGAGAGAAGCAGGAGAUGUUCAGUCGCUGCAGUUCU